AUGUUAGUUGACGUGAAUCGAGAGCUGCGUCUGAUGUGUGACGUCUCGCCGACAAUGAUUGAGCUCGUACGACAUACAGAAAAGACGUGUUUUAGCACAUCAUCUAAUGCACUUGCCCGCUGGAGACACCUUCGUGUUUGUAUGGGACAGCUUACGCGCGGUUUGAAGCGCAGUAGACAGCGCAACAUCCAGGAAAAGGGUGAGAGGCUCAUGUGUUGUGCUUCGAUUCUUCAUAAAGACUUUUGGUUGGAAGCGCUGGACAAUCAACAUCGCUAUGGAUUUCACUUACGAGCUUUUCACAAGGCUUGGAAGCACGAAAUGGCAGCGAGGACUUCUGAUAGUAAGGACACGUCGUUUUUUUAUUGGCUCGACCAUGGCAACGGUAGGAACGUGAAUCUGCCUGAAUGCACUCAGCAUGGACUUCGUACGACGCGAGUAGAAUACUGUAAUGCCGAACAGCGCAAAAACUACUUGCUGAAUUUCUUCGUAAAUGAAGAGGACCAUGUGGUAAGAGUGCGAUAUGCAGUAUCAGGAUGUGUUGUCCAUACGGACAAACGCAGCAAGUGGAUUUUCGUGAUUGAUCUCUCGGGUUCUAUGUAUCUUGGCCGGAAGCGCAAAGGUCAUUUCCACCAUUCAAGCUUUGUCUCGGGCGCACCAAUCUUUGCAGCUGGCAAAAUUACAAUCGAAAACGGUAUCAUUAUCGCUGUUGAACCUCAUAGUGGCCACUUUAAACCACGACUUGAGAAUCUUGAGGCCCUCUGCUCUAUAUUAGCUAACCAAGGGGUUGCAAUCGAAAACAUCGUCUUCAUUAAGCCAAAGAAAUGGACGUGUGUCUGGCCAUUUCCACCACAGCCACACUUCGAACUUGAAGAAUUCGUCAGUGUGUCAGAUACAGAUUGUGGUGUUGAUAAAUCGGAUGGAGAGGAAUCAGUGCAUGAACACGAGCUAUAG